UCGUUGUGAUGUGAUGGUUUUUUUCUCCAUCCAGAGUCAGUUGUGUAGCUGCUUUAUUCGACACAACACAGUGAGGCUACUGAAGGGAAGUUCAUAGAAUUGAAUGGAACAGAAAUUACACAACUUCACUUCACAUCUGGAUAAAAACAUCUGUGAAAAAAGGCAUGUCUGCAAGCCCAAGAGAACAGGAGUGAAUGAAACUUCUGGACUAUGGCCCAGGUCACUUGUGCAGACAUGGACUCUGAUGCUGCUGUUGGUCACCUGCCUGCUGUACUGGGCACGAAUGGCCAUGCCAGUUUGUGCAGUUACUAUGGCAAAGCAGUUUGGUUGGGACAAGAUGGAGUCUGGAUUGGUGCUGGGUGUCUUCUUUUGGGGCUACUGCUUCACACAGGUGUUCGGAGGCCAUGUCAGUGAUAAAAUUGGUGGUGAGAGAGUCCUGAUAAUAUCCACAUCUUCCUGGGCAACUAUGACAGUCCUAACUCCUCUUCUGGUCAAAAUGGGGUUCCCACCACUCAUCACCCUCACGCUAUCCAGGUUCUCCAUGGGGGUGCUGCAAGGUGUUCACUACCCAUCUCUAAACAGCAUUUAUGCACAGCGUGUGGCUGAGGGUGAGAGGGGCUUUUUGAUUAGUACAUUAGGCUGUGGCAGCUACCUGGGUGUGCUCAUGGUCGGGGGACUGGGGUCUGUCAUGCUGGAGUGGUACAGCUGGGAAAGUGUAUUCUAUGUUCCUGGUGUCCUGUCCAUGCUAUGGGCCUGCUGUGUAUGGAGAUGGCUACCCAGAGGACCAAUAAUCACAUCGGAUUCUUCAUGGAGUAACUCUGGGUCUGCAUCUCAAGCAACAAUUUCACGGACCUUUUGGUGUCAUCUUUUAAAGCAGCCCUGUGUGUGGGCUAUGAUUAUUGCACUUGUCUGCCACAACAGUGUACAUUUCACACUUCUGUCAUGGCUACCAACAUUCUUCAAUGAGACAUAUCCUCAUGCAGAGAACUGGGUGUUUAAUGUGAUCCCCUCACUUGUGGCUCUGCCUUCUUCCUUGUUUGGAGGCUGUAUGUCGGAUCAUCUCAUCAGAAAAGGUUUUGGUACAGCUACUAUCAGAAAAUUAAUGCAGUUCUGCUCAAUGGGAAUUGGGAGCGUCUUCAUUUAUUUGUUGUGUAAGGCUACCACAUUUCUCCAUGCUGUGGUCUUUGUCUCAGUAGCCUUUGGCCUGUCCACCUUCAAUAGCAGUGGUGCAGCUGUGAAUUUGCAUGAUUUAGCUCCAUCAUGUGCUGGAGCUCUCUUUGGUAUUAUGAACACAUGUGCUGCAUUUACAAGUGUACUAAUGGUUUACAUCUCAGGAUACCUGAUUGAGGUCACUGGGUCCUGGCUAACUGUAUUCAGCUACCUCAUUUUGGUGAAUUUUGUUGGUGUAGCCGUAUUUAUUAUAUUUGGUGAAGCAAAGCCGGUGGACGGAGUAGAUCAGACUCCUAUGACAUGCAUCUAAAUACAGCAUUUUCAUUUUAUAAACAAAUAUGUCCUGUUUAUGUACUUAUGGAUACCUAAAUUGACAUCAUAAAGAAAAGUCCUCCAAAAAAGUCUGUAUAUGUGGUUAUGAAAACAACGAUUUCUGUGCCAUGAUUUGUGUCCAAAAAUUUUUAUUUGGUAUUUUCAUUUUCAAGAGCCCUGGGACCAGCAGCCACAAAAUAACCCCAAAGUAUCAAUCAUACAUCAAACACGACCAUUUUAUUACAGGUAUCAGCUAUUUUCUUUCUAUUGCAGUCCUCAUUUUUCACCACGAUUCAAGAUUCAAAGGUUUAUUUGUCACAAGCACAUUCAUAACAGAUACAAAGGUGCAGUGAAAUGAGAUGCAGCAGCUCUGAAGACAAUGCAUAGCAAAACAAUAAAUAGACUAUACUAUAUGAUGGGUGUAGGGUAAGGUGGAGCGCAAGAAAACGCACACAAGAGCAUACAAAAAUACACACAUGAAAAAGUAGGUAUGUAUCUGGCUAUGCAAUUAUAUACAUCAUUGUUUAUGCAUAUUUAUGUACAUACAUUAAACUCUUCAGUGCAUGUGCAAA